UAGAAAUCUGUAAUUUUGGUUGAAUUCUCGACUAAAAACAUAUCUUGAAUCAUUAUUAAAUUGUAUCCUAUGGAUAAAUUAAAAUGAGAAUCCUUCGAUUCAGGUGAAAUUACAACAUAACCUAGAAAUUAAAAUCGUCAAUAACGUCACCUUCUUAACUAGAAAAAGAAAGAAGGAAAGAUGAGUUUAACAAACAGAAAUCGUUCGAGUAUUUUGGAUAAACCCCUAAGUAGAGGGAAAGGUGAAAUUUCACUUAGUUGUUUCGCCCUUUUAUUCUCAGAAGUAGUUCAAUAUUGUCAAAAUAAAUCACAUACAGUUCCGGAACUACAAACCAGAUUACACGAUUUAGGAAAAACCGUAGGAUCAAAAUUAAUCGAUUUAUAUUUCGUCCGUGAACGAAAUAGUAAACGAGAAAUAAAAUUGUUAAAUAUAUUAUUAUUUAUUAAAUCGACAUUUUGGAAGGCUUUAUUUGGUAGAGAAGCCGAUAAACUCGAACAUUCCAACGACGAUGAAAGCACUUAUUAUUUAAUGGAAAAAGAACCUUUAGUAAAUAGAUUUAUUUCAGUUCCAAGGGAUAAAGGAAGUUUAAAUUGUGCGGUUUUUAUCGCAGGAAUAAUUGAGGCUGUUUUAACAGGAACAGGAUUUCCAGCGAAAGUAUCGGCUCAUUGGCACAAAGGAACAACUUACAUGGUGAAAUUUGAAGAAUCAGUUAUAACCAGGGAUAAACAGUUAGAAGAGCGUUAAUAAAAGAUUUAAAUGUAAUCAAGAUAAUAUAUAAUUAGAUUUUGAAAGGAAAUAAAUCUUAUCGCAUUCAAAUUCUCAAAUAAGGAGAAAGUUAA